AAAUUUCAACUAAUGAGGCUUUAUGCUUUAUAGCUUGAAAGCUCGGUACAGCAAUAAAUGCAUGAAAUGCUUCUGCGCUCAUCCGAUUUCAAUGACUCUUCACAUCCACAAGCAACAUUCAAAACCCCAAAAUUACACAUCAGCCCCUCAUUGUCCUCCGCGAUUAUUUCUACCAGCCGCAUUAAAUCCUCUCUCGCCAUUAAAAAAAAAAAAAAAGCUUAUUUAUAUCCUCAACCUCCUCAAUUUCUCUCUAACUACCCAUCUUCUUCCUCUUCCUCUUCUAUUUUCCGAGGAACGGAAUAAACAAACCCUAGCUGCAGAAAGUUAAUGGCCGCGGAUGUGACAACGAUCGUGCGAAUAAUGGAGGCGCACAGAGAGGAUGAUGAUGGGAAGCGGCGGGGGAUCGUAACACGUGACCUCCUCGGCGACGGUGCCAUCGCCGUUGCCGUCGGAUCCUCGACGGAGCUUGACCUUGACCUGCAUGUUCCAUCAGGAUGGGAGCGCCGCCUCGAUCUUAAGUCGGGGAAGACAUACCUUCACAGACUAUACUCCGAUCAACCCUCCCGCGAACUCCAUGACCUCAAUCUCCCCCCUCCGUCGUCGUCAUCGACCUCCUUACCGGAGCAUUCGACCCUCCUCGAUCUAAAGCUCUCGGGAGGAGGAAUCUCCAAUGAGUACCAGAGUGUUUGCACGCUCGAGAAGGUUAAGUCAGCAUUGGAGCGGGCUCAUCGAAGGCAAAUCGAUUGGGAAACUGUUUGUGCUUCCGGAUCGCCAUCUUCGUCGACAACAUCGUCUUCGGUGAAGAGACUAGGGGUGGCGGAGGAAGACGACGGAGGUUCAGAUUCGACCGGCGGAAUGUUGGCGGCUGCGUGCCCCAGCUGCCUUUUAUACGUGUUGAUAUCGAAGGCGAGCCCGCGGUGUCCGCGGUGCGACUCGCACGUGCCGGUGACGGUGCCGUUUUUCCCGAAGAGGCCCAGAUUUGAUCUCAACUCUUCUUGAUUGGCAAUUGUCAACUAAAGAAAAGAAUAUCUGAUCAAAUUUUUAUUCGAUAAUUUUUGAAUUUAUUGUAUUUAUUUUGGGAUGAUUGAUAUAUAAUUUUAAUUAUUUUUUUU